UAUUAAAUAAAUUAGUUAUGUUCUUAACGUGUUACGUGGGUGUACGGAAAUAUGGUUUUUGUGAAAUAAAUAAAUAAUAAAAAGAAAAAAAAAAAGCAUUCCUUUUCUCUGGGGUACUGUCCGGCCAGGAGAUGGAAGUUUACAAGUAAAAAAGGAAAAAAUAGCUUUAGCUGUGUAUGUGUGUGAGUGUGUUGGUUACAUUAUUGUAGUUUGAUUAUUUAAUGUUGGAAUUGACUAAAUAUCAUCUUAUGGAAGGAAGGAGGGGAAGGAAGGAGUAGGGUCCCAACUGUACAAUGCUAAAAUUCUCAGCUUUUGAAUUCAUUUCUUUAUUGGGGUCUUCAUCUUCAUCUUCAUCUUCAUAAUCAUAUCUCUUUCUCUCUCUGCUGUUCUUCAUUAUUUUCAAGCUUCAACCUUUUAAUCUCUCUGACUCUUGUCUCUGCCUCAAUUGAAGUUUUGGGGGUUAGGCAUUAUUUUGGGUUCUGAUUCUGUACUGUGAUUUUGGAUAAAAGAGAAGUUCUAGUUGGCUUUAGUGGAGCCAACCCCAACGGUCUUUUUCUCUCUACUGUGUCAAAAAUCCACUGCAGCACUUGACUUUGUAGAUAGUUAGUUUUCUUUUUGGGCUAAGGAAUGAUAGCCUUUUGGUAGAUCAGUCAGCAGGCUGCAUGGGAGGUCUGUUGCACCUUUUUGCCUUUGAAAACAGGAGCAUGGCAAGGAAAGUUCUUACUCAUAAGAAACAUGUUGAUGGUCUUGAAGCUCCUCGAAAUAGCAUUGAGCAGCAAAUAGAAACUUCUCAGAAUUAUUCUGCUGUACGAGAUUUGCCGGUGGAAGAAGAUUGGUCUACAAAUAAUUGCUAUCCAUUUGAAGCUUCAAUGAAGAAAUUGAUUAAUGAAGAAAUCUCCAAACAUUCAAGUACAAGACAAAAUGCACCAAUUAGCAUAGUUGCUCGCCUGAUGGGAAUGGAUUCGUUAACUUUAGAUACAAAAUCUACAGUUGAGCCAACUGAGGAAAGAAGCGAGAAUAUGAGAACAAAGUGUUCAAACAAGGAAGCAAAUGGAUUCGGUUUAACAGACCAUCUUUCUUCCAACUCAAACUCUUCAAGGCAAAUGGAACUUAAUUCAUCAUACCAUAAUGGAGACAUAGAUUCUGAAAGAUGGAGCAAUGGCGGGAGGUGUGGGAAAGGGAGGAGUCGAGAGCAUCCUCAGGAGGAGGAAUUGCAGAAGUUUAAGAAAGAAUUUGAAGCAUGGCAAGCAGCUAGGUUCAGAGAGUGUUCAAAAUUUGCUGAGCUUGGAAACAUCCCUUCACAGUCAUCACUUGCUCAUGAAGAUCUGAACAAGGAAAGGAUGGAACUUUAUGGGCGAACAGCUGUUGAGAAAGCUGUAAAAUCAAAGGAUCAGACAAUAAAAGCAAGGGCACAGGAAAUAGGAGGCCUGCAACAUAAUGAAAUGGAAUCUUUCCAGGUUGAAAGGAAAUAUUCAUCAUCAAAAACCAGAAACUCAAGCAGAUAUAUUGAGCAAUCUUCUAUGAUGGAUACUGAUCAGAAACUAUAUGCAUUGUCUGCUCCAACUAAGAUAGUUAUAUUAAAGCCUGGCCCUGAUAGGGUGGGUGACCAUACAGAGUCUUGGACAAGCUCCCCGAGCUUUUCGGAGCAGAGAGGUAGCAUAGAAGACUUUCUUGAGGAGGUGAAAGAACGACUGAAAUGUGAAAUGCAAGGGAAAAUGCUGAGAAAGGGUGGUUCAGUUGUUGUUCGAGGAAGUGGAAUCGAGACUCCUUAUAAUGAAAAGCCAUCAUCAGAUCCUAAACAAAUUGCUAAGAACAUAGCAAACCAGGUUAGAGACAGUGUGAGUAAGGAUAUUGGUGCAAACUUGACACGUUCAGAAUCAACAAGAUCAUAUAAAAGUGAAAUCCAGUUAAAUGGACCGAAUUCUUCAGAGUUCAUCAGUAGAGAUACUAGGAGAUUCGUGUCAGAGAGGCUAAAGAAUGUUUUGAACAAAGAAACAAAUAUGCACACAGUUGUUGGUGGCCACUCUAGAUCUUACAGUGUGUUAGACUUAGACAAUGAUACUUCAAAAGAUGUACAAAAAAUGCAAACCAGAUCCUUCAGAUAUGGUGUAGGAGAUGACAGACCUCUCCAUAAGGAGUUGUCCCCUAGAAAUCUAGUUAGAUCAUUAUCAGCCCCGGUAUCAGGAACUUCUUUCGGGAAACUUCUCCUGGAGGACCGCCAUAUUCUAACAGGUGCCCAAAUCAGGCGGAAGCUUGAAGCUACAGAAAAUUUUCCUGUGGACUUGAAGAAGCGGAAAAGGGAGAGAUUUAGCUUCAAAGAAAAAGUUUCCAAUUUCAGAUAUAGUUUUUCUCUUAGAGGGAGACUGUUUGGUAAGAAGAUUCAAUCAGUGUUGGAAUCACAUGUUUUCGAACGGUAUCCUCUGAAAGAUAUCAUGAGUGGUCCAACUGUAGUUUCUAACUUUGAUGAGAGACAUGUAAAGGAGAAUUUUACUGAAGUUCCUCCUAGUCCUGCAUCAGUGUGCAGCAGUAGUGCUCAAGAAGAGUUAUGGAGGCCAGUUGAUCAUCUUAGCCCUCUGUCAACCCCAGAUGUAACGCCAAGCAACGAAUAUGCUAUGCCGCAGGUUUUUAGAGAGAUCAGCUCUAAUCUUAGUGAACUACGGAGGCAAUUGAAUCAACUCGAGUCUGAUGAGCCUGAUGAAAGGCUAAUCCCACCGAAACCAGCAGAGCCUGAGAUGUUCGAGCUAAAGGAUCCAGCAGAAGCAUACAUAAGAGAUCUAUUGGUUGGUUCUGGUUUAUAUGAUGGAUCAUCUGACAAAUAUUUGUGGAGAUCGGAGACAUCUGCAAAGCCUAUUGGCACUUCAGUGUUUGAAGAAGUAGAAGAAUCAUACAAAACAUUUGCCAAGGACAAUGAUAUCUCUCUAAAAGAUCAGAGAGUGAGGAGAGUGGAUCACAAGUUGUUACAUGAUUUGUUAAACGAAGCACUCUCAACUGUACUUGAACCACAUCGUGGAAUCUCAACAGUCUCUAAAGUCGAAAGAAAAUCCAUGAACUCCUCAAGUUUUCCAACUUUGCAUGGAAACAAAUUGUUGAACUGUGUUUGGGAGAUUAUAUGUGAUCAUUUAUACCCUUCGACGGAUAGAUCCUGUUAUUCACUAGAGGAUAUGGUGGCGCGAGACCUGAGACUGAGUCCUUGGACUCGAGAGGUGGAUGAUGAAGGUACUAGUUUGGGGAGAGAGGUGGAAAUUCUGAUCCUGGGAGAUCUAGUAGAUGAAAUUUUGAAGGAUAUGAAGCUAUGAUUGAAAUCAAGUUACAAUGACAUAGAGUGGAGUGGAGUGGAGUGGGGUGGUGUGUAUAUGAGAAUGAGAAGAAGUAAAUACAAUUAAUAGAUAUGGAAAACUACUGCAGCUGAUUACCCCAUAUAUAUAUAUAUAUAUGUUUAACAGUUUGAUAUAUAGAUGAGUUUUGGAAGUGAGAAGAGGUGAGGUUUCAUGUGGUUUGUUUGUACAUAUUCUUAAUUUGUUUGUGAGAUUCAUAGGAGUUGUCAGAUUAGGUAACAUUUGGAAAGAAAAACCAAAAGCAUGUGUUUUGUUCUUCUGCAUUGUUAUUCUUUUUCUUUUAACACAUUCACAUGUAGUCUAUAGCAGAGCUAGUGACAGAAAGUUCUUAUAUAUAAAUAUGUUAUCAUUAAAGAAAAUUUGCAAUAAAAGGCACAAAUAUAGGUGCUUUUUUUUUCCCUUCUUCAAA